AUGGGAUUGGCAUUGGAAGCGAUUGUGGCCAUCGAAGAGAAGACUCUGUUGGCUGCUCACAUCGCUAUGCUUCUGGGAAGACAUGAUCAAGCUGAGCAGUUGUUCCUGAAGAGUUCACAGCCGAAAGAGGCUUUGGCGAUGCGUCGAGACCUAUUAGAUUGGUCGAAGGCUCUGGCAUUGGCUGAACAGUUGGCACCCAAUGAGAUCCCUUAUAUAUCAAGAGAGUACGCCCAACAGUUAGAAUUCAUGGGAGACUACCCUGGUGCACUUGCACACUAUGAAAAUGGUAUUAUUGAGGAUUACGAGGAGGAGACGGAGCAGGUGAGCCAUAAAGUUUCUCUUUUGAAAGAGCAGGGUAAGGUAGGCGAACUACUGCCAAAAGUUCGCUCACCAAAAAUACAUGCUCAGUACGGAAAAGUUAUGGAGGCCGAGAAGCGCUACAAGGAGGCGGCAGUGUUAGGCGAUCAUGCAUCCGCUAUUCGAUUCUUGGUUUUGAGCAACUGCCAUCAGGAAGCCUUCCAACUCGCUGAGGCAACAGACCACGUUGCUGACUAUGCCGAUUCUAUCGAAGCCGAUGGUGCGAGUCAAGAUCAGAUGGCUCAACUGGCCGAGUAUUUUGCCAAUUCUGGCGAUACACACAAUGCUGGCAGAUUCUACCUGAGAGCUGGCCAUUAUAGAGCGGCGCUAGAGUACCUCAUGACCUGUGGAGAGAACCACGAAUCACUGGUGCUUGCUAUAGAAGCAGUGGCUGCAGCUGGCGAUGAGAAACUGACCGCGAGAUUAACGGAUUAUCUCAUGGGCGAAGUAGAUGGGAUACCGAAAGAUGCAAAAUACUUGUUUCGCCUAUAUGUUGCCCUCGGUAUGACUAGAGAGGCAGCCACUACAGCUGUGGAGCUGGUUGCCAAAGAAAUCAAAGUGCCGAAUGAGAUGCAAAACAGCCUCAUGAUUAUCCACUCCUAUUUAAUCGUUAAGAGCUUAUUACGAAGAAAUGAGACCUUGAAGGCGGCAAGAAUGCUAAUACGAGUGAUGGGCAAUAUUAGCAGGUUCCCCGCUCGUGAGUGUUUCGUUCAACAUUCUGGAUUAUAA